AUGAUAGAGGUUAGAGAUAAUAUAGAGAAAGAAAUAUGGUGGGAACCAAGGAGUGGAACUGCAAAUGUAUGGUUUGACAACUGGACAAAGCUAGGGGCUCUAUAUCACAUUAUUCCUGAUGAUUUUGUGAUAGAUAAGGGGUUUCAAGAUGUAAAAGAACUUAUGUUGCAGGAUGGUUGGAACAUAGGAAGACUGCAGCAGUUAUUCCCCAUUGAUAUUGUGGACAAUAUAUUAAAAGAAUUGCACUUUCAUGAACCAAAAGAAGAGUGGGAUAGGCCAAGAUGGAUGAUGACGGCAUCAGACAAAUUUACUGUAGGCACUGCAUGGGAAUUACUGAGGAGAAAAGCAGUCAAGUCAGAAGUCUUUAAGAACAUGUGGAUAUCAGGGGUACCUUUUAAGAUAUCCUUUUUUUUCUGGAGGUUGUGGAAGUACAAAAUACCAGUUGGAGAGGUAGUAAGAAGGAUUAGGGUAGAUACUGAGGCAACAUGUUACUGCUGUGAUCCUAGGCAAGAUGAAACUGUGGAUCACUUGUUUGUUACAGGAAAUGUUGCUACAAAAGUGUGGACUUAUGUUAAAAUCGUUGUUGGCAUCACAACACAGUUUCAACAAGUCAGGCAGAUUCUUCAGAUCUGGUGGAAUACAGAUUGCCCCUCAAAGUUCAGAACCAUCUUUAAAGCUAUUCCAAUGGUAACUAUGUGGCAAAUAUACAAGUGGAGGAAUACAGUUCUACAUGGAGGGAGGAUGUCCAUCAACAAAGUGAUCUAUGAGAUAAACAUGAUCAUAUAUCAAAUGUGUAGAAUGAGGGGAAAUCCUGGACCAAGCUUUGUGGCCCUUUGUAUUAGAAAUAUAGUAGGUGAUUUCCAGUUUGCAGCAGCAACACGGAUACCAGAUGGCUCAAAUUUGAUAGUUGAAGCAAGGUCACUACAUGAGGGUCUUAUGUACUGUGUUACACACAGUCUGUUGCCAGUGGUGAUGGAAACAAACUUAAUGACUAUGAAGAUGAUCUUAACUGGUCUGUGGGAGAGUCCAUGGAGUAUAUCAAUGAUCAUAAAUGAUAUUUCAAGGUUGAGGAGGGAUAAGGAAGUGAGGGUGGAGCAUGUUCUCAGAGAAGGAAAUGGCCUGGCUGAUUUUUUAACUAACUAUGCUUUUGAUUUUGCAGGACAGCUAAGGACCAUCAUAUCCCUAGAGAUUAAUAGUAAUCUGGAGAACAGUAGCAGCAACAAGGCUAUAUUUCAACAUGCCAGGAACAGCAACAUGUACCUGAAAUUUGAGACAAUGGCAAACAAUGUUCAACUUCAAGGCAAGGAGAUAGCAGCUACAUCUGAAGGAACAUGGAGGAAUUCUACUCCAUCCUGGAAGCCUGAAUAUGUAUUCAUUUGA